AUGCGAGUGCCCGUCUCCUGCCAGAUCUACCCUCCACCUGUCUCGGUGGACGCAUCUUUGCUGCCUCCACUGACGGACGCGCAGGGAGAUGCCAUGAAGAAGAUCAUGGGUUCAGCGCAGAUCCCACAGGCACAAAAGAUGAAGUACCUCGGCGAGUGGAAAAAGGCCAAGGAGACCGGCAAGAUGCCCAGCUCCUCCGGCCAGGAAAUCCGAGGCGAAAUGUCCCUGAAGGACAUCCUGGCACUCAUGGAAGUGCGCGCUGAAAAGGCGCUUCAGGACGGCUCCCUAAACCCCAAGUGGGGGAAGGCCAUCUCAGACUUGAAAGGCAGAAGGUUUUGGGUCAUUCCCACCGAUCAGACGCCCGACUGCGCUGCCAUGUCAGCUUCAGGCGAGGCUCUGGAUGUCCGGUAUAUGGCCAGACUUGAGGUGCGAGAGAAGGUGAUGCAGCUUUGCGAGGCCGAAGGUGUUCAUCUGGACAGCGAUUACUUCACAAAUCGCACCCCAGAGGACGGCUCGUCAGAGUUGGAGAAGGGCCGACCCGGCCGUUAUCGAAAUUUGUUGAAAUCAUCCUCAGUCCGACAGAGCCUAGUAAUCCUGCAUGGCAAGGCCCAAGAAGAUAUUCUUCUAAGACAGAUAUGUACUAUAUAUAUAUAUAUAUACAUAUAUAUAUAUAUAUACAUAUGCUUAUUACUAGACUUAAUUACAUAA